AGGGCAUGGGAAGGCGGGGUGGGAGAAGGGCAUGGAAAGAAGAACGGUUUGGCAGUGGGGGAAGGGGAUGAAGGGUCCAGUGGAGAGGCACAAGCAGAGGCACAAGAGGGGCACGAGAGGUCUUUUCCAGCGGUGGUGUCCAUGAUAGUGCUGAUGGGCGACGCGAGAAGGAUUUUUGACGAAUCGCUAAUGGCGUAUGGGCGGUGAAGGUGAUGGUCGGCGAGGAUUGAGUGAGAGGGGCGGCUUCGGCGUUUGGGAAGUGGGAGAGAGUUUGGUUACAAGGGAGAGGAGAGGAGACAAGCAGUGGGGUUGGGGCUGUGUGCAGUCUGCAGCAGCUGGGGAACGAAGAGAAAAUGCGGAGUCGUCUAUGAUGACAUCUGUGAGACACGCUCGGAUUCUUCCGUCCCAUAGUACAGAUCAUGCGAUGGGCAAUAGGAUGUCAAGGAUAACGUUGGGGUGCUUCAGCUCAGAGAGGCAUGAGAAAUACGCCCAUGGGCUGCAUUUCUCAGAACCUCUGGACGAAGGAUUGGGGCACUCCUUCUGUUACGUCAGACCUGUACUGGGGUCCCCAGCUCAUUCUCCCCAUUAUGAAGAUUUUCGCGACAUUUCGCCUCCAGCACUCGACUUGCCGCUGGAGUUGUCGUCUGCCGAGUCAAUCGAGAUGGACUCACAAAUUGGGAUCUCAUCGGACGAGCUACCAAACCUAGAGAGAAUGGAGCCUGAGACUAGGCAGGCAGAUAGGCCCAGGGUGGUAUGGGAGAAACCAGAGAGGGGCAAGCACAACGAGAGAGCCAAGAGCCUGACCGAGACUUCGUUCAAGGCCAUAUCGGGUGCUUCAGUAAGCGCCAACACGGCCACGCCCCGGUCAGUUGCCAGUCAAGAGCAGUUCAAUUCUUUUUCAAAUGUACCCAUCGAGCGAGCCGCAGCUUUUGAGAGCACGUCUUCCUUUAGUGCCCUUCCGCUGCAGCGCAUUGCAAAUUCAGGCCCAAUAUCUGGCCCUUUAUCGGGGCCUCUUGGUUCGGGUACUCUUGACAGGGGUUUGCCGUCAGGACCUUUGGAACGAGGGCUUAUGUCAGGUCCCUUGGAGAGAGGCUUCAUGUCAGGUCCAAUAGAGAGAGGGUUUAUGUCGGGACCAAUAGAGAGAGGAUUUAUGUCAGGGCCACUCGAGCCAGUGGAUCGCAACACUUUCUCAGCGCCUCUUGCAGGUCCUCACGGUCCUGCCAGGAAAAAAAAUCCUCUCAAGCGCUUUGUGAGAUCCAUGAGUCUUCCUGUGAAGAAAGCUAUUGCUCGCACGGUGUCUAAAACAACUGCCACUUUAACCCGCACCAUCGUGAUCCCCGUCAGGCACUUCGUUUUGGGAGAUCAUCCUCGCGAUGUAGACCAUCGAGACUUCCCUCUGAGCUCUCUCGAUUCACCCUUGGACUCGGGCUCUUCCGGCUCUGAUUUGGAGAUCAAAGCCGACAACAAUCUACAAUGGGCUCAAGGAAAAGCUGGGGAGGACCGUGUGCAUGUGGUUCUAUCCGAAGAGCAUGGUUGGCUAUUUGUUGGCAUAUACGAUGGAUUUAAUGGACCUGAUGCUCCCGACUUCCUCAUGAGCAACUUGUAUCCCGCUAUUUACAGAGAGCUCAAAGGUCUGCUCUGGAAUCAGAGGAGUGGUUUUGAACUUGGUGAUGAUAGCCCCUGUGAGGAUGGAGAAGGGGGUGCUCCUGGAUACAGAUACAUCCGCCGCUCAGGAGAGGAAGAAAGGGCUGGCGGUGACUUCAUAGCCCGUUUAGGACGUGUGGAUUCUACCGGGUCUGAUCCUUCGCAGGAAGGUCAGAAGGGGUGUUUGAGGAUUAUGGAGUCUGGGGUGAUGGGAUUGAGUAGUUUGGAAACGUCCGUAAUUGAAGGGGACGGGAGAGAGGAUUCAGGUAAAAAUAGUUGCCAUCCACGUAGUCAUCUUGAUUCGCUGUUAGAUAAGCCUGCCGUCAGUGCUGAUCUGAGGCCUGAUGAUUCAGACAACGGGCUGGGGCAACCUAAUUGUGAGGUAGAUACUGCUGUGAUUCAUUGUGAUGAACAUCUCCCAGGAGAGCAGCUUCACAAGCAUACAGAGGGGCACAUAAAUUGUGACCUAAGUACAACAGAGUCGAACUGCAAAUUAGGCUUAGGAUUAGAACGAGAAGGAAAAUUGGUUGAGGAUAGAGUAGGCACGCAGGAGGGUACUGAACAGGAUUUGUCGAGCAUUGUUUCUCAGGUAGAUUCGCCUGAACCGAUAGGAUCUAGUAAUGUACACUUGGCCGAGAACGUUCCCGCCAAAGAUCAUAGCAUUCUCAACACUAAAUUGCAAUUCCUUCAUGAUCGGCGUCGAGAACAGCACCGGAAGUAUCCGCAAUGGAGGUAUGAAUGGGAACAAGAGAGACUUGCGGAAGAGGAGCGGCUUAGAGAGAAACUUCGUCUCAGGCGGGAAGCAGAAGAGUCGGAGAGCAAUACUGUUGAUCAUGAUGCUGUUUUGAAAGCACUCUCUCGUGCACUGGAAGCUACAGAAGAAGCUUAUCUAGAUAUGACUUACAGGGUUCUAGACGAUAAUCCAGAACUGGCGUUGAUGGGGUCUUGUGUACUGGUGAUGCUCAUGAAGGAUGAAGAUGUAUAUAUUCUGAAUGUUGGAGAUAGCCGAGCAAUCGUAGCUCAAGACUGCAGACGAGGCUCUUUUAAUUCUUUGUCCAAACUUUCCCGUAGCCAACUGAAUGGCUACAAUGCAGACGAGCACGAAAGGAUUGGUGCUCGUGACUCUCUACUGCGUCAGGAACUCGAGAGAAUCAUUGAAGAAACCCCCACAGAAAUUGAGGCCCUCGAGGCUCACGACCCCAACCUUGGACCGCCCCCACCAGGCUUGUCUCUAUUAGGUGCCUUGCAACUUACAGAGGAUCAUAGCACCAGCACUGAAGAGGAAGUGCAAAGACUAAGAGCUGAGCAUCCUUUCGAUGAUGACAUAAUUUCAAAUGACCGAGUGAAGGGGAGGCUCAAAGUGACUCGUGCAUUUGGUGCCGGAUUUUUAAAGCAGCCGAGGUUGAACAAUGUUCUCUUUGAAAUGUUUCGCUGCAAAUUUAUCGGCAAUGACCCAUAUAUUUCUUGCGAUCCGUGUUUGCGGCAUCAUAAACUUGGGCCGCAAGAUCGAUUCUUGGUGCUAUCAUCCGAUGGGUUGUACCAAUACCUCAGCAAUGAGGAGGUUGUAUCUCAUGUUGAAUGGUUUAUGGAGAGGUGCCCUGAUGGAGAUCCAGCACAACGUCUUAUUGAGGAACUUCUUUUCCGAGCUGCCAAAAAAAAUGGAAUGGAAUUGAACGAACUUCUGGAUAUCCCACAAGGUGAUCGCCGCAAGUACCAUGAUGAUGUCUCUGUGAUGGUUAUUUCUCUUGAAGGCAGAAUUUGGAGAUCUUCAGGUUCCCUGAAGCAUCCAGCUUGAACUGUUCCACAGGUUUCCUGGCUCCCAUGAGAGCUCCAAAGUUAGCAAGUGGGUCCGUAAGCUCCUUAGCUUUUGCUUGUUACCACAACAAUUUGUUAUUCUUGUAACGUUACAUGAAUAAUAGAGAGUAGCCGGUUACAUCUCUAUCUUCAGAAUUUUGUCUCUGUAGGUGCAGCUGCGUGCAAUAUGCCAGCUUGGAUAGUGUUUUCAACACUGGGUGUAUUUCGCUCAUCCUUUGUUAUCAGGCAAUUUCUUCACUGACAAAACUGGGAAGCAUACAAGAACAUUUAGUGUGUAUCCAUAUGACGAGACAUGUGACUUCUACAUGGCUGGCAAGAUCGAUUUGUCCCUCAGGUUGGCGCUAUGUUUAGUAAUCUAUGUGCUCGUAAUUGUUCACAAGCUUUUUCAAAUUGUGAACUCGACAAGAUCAUGAACGAUAUUAGAUAUUGAAGGUAUUUGAUCUGGCCGUUUGAAUGAUAUGAGGUGUGUACUGGUAGUGAAGUGCUCAGGACGCACCGCAUUGCAAUCUUAGUAGUUUCCUCCUCAGGAUAUUUCUGUGCAGUUUCUUUAAAAUUUCAACUAAAUUGUGAUACCCAUUCCAUUACAGCAAACCUUAAGGAAAUUGUUUUAUA